AUGUCUACUGCUGCUAAGGGAACUCUUCCCGGCCGUGCCGGAAACUUAACUACUGAGCAAGAACACAAACUCAAGGAAUUUUGGGCUCAGGUUCUUAUUUAUACAGGAAGUGCUCCUGAAUCAUUAGCUACUCAGCUUACUUCUUAUUCAGUGACUUCGGGUGCUGCUGCUAAGAAGAAGGGUGGUUUUUUCUCCAAGAAAGAUAAGCAUGUCGAUGAUAUUGCUACUCAGUCUGAACUAUUCCGGGCCGCACUUCCCAAGUUGACCCCUGAAACUUUUAUUAAAGCUGUUCGUUUCAUGUCUCGUGGUGACAAUGUUGAUGAUUUGUUCUUGAGAUUCUUGCGUGCUCGUAAGUGGGAUGUUGCCAAAGCUUUGGAGAUGUUUGCUACCACUAUUUCUUGGAGAGUGGAGUUCGGUGUUGACGAGCUUCUCCGCACUGGUGAAGAACAAUGUGUCAAGGAUAAGGAAGACGGUGUUAUUCUUCAAUUCAAGACUGGUAAGGCCAUUUUGAGAGGUAAAGAUAAGACCGGCCGUCCUAUUGUGGAUGUCCAUGUCAAAUUACACGAUCCCAAGGCUCAAUCUGAGAGAGAUAUUGAGAAGUUCACUAUUUUCCUGAUUGAGGCUUCUCGUUUGUGUCUUAACGAUCCCAAUGAUACUGCAGCUGUUAUUUUCGAUUUGACUGAUUUUGCUAUUUCCAAUAUGGACUAUGCCGCUGUCAAGUUCAUUAUCACCUGUUUCGAGAGACACUACCCCGAGUGUCUUGGAUUCUUGUUCAUUCACAAUGCUCCAUGGGUAUUCCAGGGUAUCUGGAAUGUCAUCAAGGGCUGGAUCGAUCCUGUUGUGGCAUCUAAGAUCUCGUUCACCCGUAACCACAACGAUCUUGUCAAGUUGAUUGACGACAAGGAGAUUCCUAAGUCUAUGGGUGGAUCUCGUCCUUGGGAUUUCGAGUAUCUUCCUCCUGUUCCUGGUGAAAAUCAAAAGCUAGAAGACCAUGAGACCAGAGAUAAGAUUCUAGCCGAGAGAGUCAAUCUGUUUAAGGAGCUUGAGCAAGUAACAGUUCAAUGGAUUUCUGCUACCGGUGAGCAGAGUAAUGCUCUUGAGGCCAAGCGUAGCCAGAUCAUUGCUGAAGUCCGCAAGAACUACUUCCUCUUGGACCCCUAUGUGCGUGCCCGAUCUGCCUAUGACCGUGACGGAACUUUGGCCGAGUUCAAGCAACAACUCCACCAACCUGAACUCGAGGCCGCUGCCCAAGCCGCUAAGACUGGAAAAGCCCCAUCUCUCGCCGAUGAAAAAAACGACCAAACCAGAGUUAAGACCGCCCCUGCCGCUGCCCCAGCCGCCGUCACUGCCUAG